AAACGUAAAGGAGGGGGACAUAUUGCUUCCCCCUGUUAAGAUCCAGGACGUCCCCCCUCUGUGACGUGCACAAUGAGGAGCAGGUGGGAGGGCACGCAUGGCAGAUGGGGGGAGUCGGUAGUUUAAAAGCUGAGGAUGCUCACGCAGCAAGACAAUCUUUUGCGUGCAACAUCUCCGUGAUACACCGACCCAUGUGGCUCAUUGGACCGCCUUCCCAAAGGAGGAAGAGGAUGAUGAUGGUGAUGGAUCAGCGACUGACCCCCUCUACGCGCACCGUGGUACACCAAGGACCGGCCGGAAACUCGGCCAAAGUGCACAGCAUCGAUGCCAUCCUGGGUUUCAAGGAGGACCUCCUCUUCCAUAAAGCGGGCGCAUAUUGCUGCCUGACAGACAAAGUUCGGGGCAAAGACGAGGACGCGAAGAAAAGCCACUUCUCAGAAAGUUUUGACGGGGUGUGUACUGUUAAUGAUGGUGGUGGUGACGCACCGCCCUGUCCGGACUCGCCAGACCGGGAUGGCAAGCUAUCAGACGACGAGAACCCCAAAAAGAAGCACCGUCGGAACCGGACCACCUUUACCACCUUCCAGUUGCACGAAUUGGAGCGAGCCUUUGAGAAGUCCCACUACCCGGAUGUGUACAGUCGAGAGGAGCUGGCCCUCAAAGUCAACCUGCCCGAGGUCCGAGUGCAGGUUUGGUUCCAGAACAGGAGGGCCAAGUGGCGCCGACAAGAGAAGCUGGAAGUGAGUUCCAUCAAGCUCCAUGAAACCGCUGCCUCCUCUUUGCUCUCAUUCAGCCGCCCACCCACCACGGGCCCUCUAGGCUCGGGCCUCCAGCUCGACCCCUGGUUGGCCUCCCCCCUCGCCACCUCCACCACCCUGCAUUCCCUCCCGGGCUUCAUGGAUGCCACUCAGGGCUUGACCAGCGCUUACACCGCCUCACCUCCUCCCUCCAUGCCGCCGUCCCUGCCCGCCUCCUUCCUCAACGCCCCCACAUUGGGGCACACCCCCCACCUACCCCGGAUGGGCUCCAUUUGCCCGCCACAACCACCACCGCUACUACAUCCUCCGCAGGCCUACCAGUGCUCGUCAGAUCCGAGAAACUCCAGCAUUGCCUCAUUGAGGAUGAAGGCCAAAGAACACAUUCAGUCUAUUGGCAAGACGUGGUGAUGUUAAAUGUCCAACAUGCACCUGGAUAUACCUGCUGCAUCUUUUUGGAAAACUGAUGGGAUUGUGCUAUCUUGGACGGCGGACGCUGCUAUGACACAAACUGUGACAGGCUUUUUAUACAUUUUUGUUCAUUCAGUCUCACUCUUACCUGUUGCCAAUUUCCUUUAGUGGUCACCAUUAUCUAUUUAUUUUACACUUGUACAUGUAAAAAAAAAACAUCCCUUUCUGCUGAUCUAAUGUGAAUAUUUUGUCAACACAAUAAACUUUAUAU